AUGCGGGCAGCUCGAUCACUGGCGUCAUUGCGAUGCCCCAGCAGUGAGUUUUUGUGCCUGGCUUAUGGGAGCCUGGCUUAUGGGAGCCUGGCUUAUGGGAGCCUGGCUUAUGGGAGCCUGGCUUAUGGGAGCCUGGCUUAUGGGAGCCUGGCUUAUGGGAGCCUGGCUUAUGGGAGCCUGGCUUAUGGGAGCCUGGCUUAUGGGAGCCUGGCUUAUGGGAGCCUGGCUUAUGGGAGCCUGGCUUAUGGGAGCCUGGCUUAUGGGAGCCUGGCUUAUGGGAGCCUGGCUUAUGGGAGCCUGGCUUAUGGGAGCCUGGCUUAUGGGAGCCUGGCUUAUGGGAGCCUGGCUUAUGGGAGCCUGGCUUAUGGGAGCCUGGCUUAUGGGAGCCUGGCUUAUGGGAGCCUGGCUUAUGGGAGCCUGGCUUAUGGGAGCCUGGCUUAUGGGAGCCUGGCUUAUGGGAGCCUGGCUUAUGGGAGCCUGGCUUAUGGGAGCCUGGCUUAUGGGAGCCUGGCUUAUGGGAGCCUGGCUUAUGGGAGCCUGGCUUAUGGGAGCCUGGCUUAUGGGAGCCUGGCUUAUGGGAGCCUGGCUUAUGGGAGCCUGGCUUAUGGGAGCCUGGCUUAUGGGAGCCUGGCUUAUGGGAGCCUGGCUUAUGGGAGCCUGGCUUAUGGGAGCCUGGCUUAUGGGAGCCUGCUGCGCGAGUUUGGUCGCAUGCCAGUCGAUGUGCGCGUGAGUGCAUGUCCUGGAGCACAGUGA